GCUAUAUAAUAUCCUUGUCCUAUAUAUACGUGCGUUUUCGUGUACAACCACCACCUGCAUCCAGCUCUCGCCUCUCGCACACCACAUCGAGUAUCAACCUAUCUGGUGAUUAAAACCCAAUCAAGCUGAUCACUGGUGCCAGUCAUGGAUAGCUGCAGCUGGAUCCAUGGCUACACGGCCAAGAGCAACGGCGGCGGCAACAGCGGCUUCACGUGCGGCUAUGCUGCCAGCUGCAUCCCCGCAGCGUUUCAAUGCAGGGAGCAGGAGCAGCAUGAACUGCUCGUCAGCUCAGAGAUUCAGCAGCACCUCAACCAGAUCAGUAGGGAGAUGAACGUGGACGACGAGCCAGCAGCAGCUUACAGCCAGCACUGCAGCUCCGUGGUGGACGACUUCGACUUCCUCACAAAUUCAUACCACGCCACCGGUGGCGGCAGCUUCCCCUCCUCGUCCUCCACUUCCUCCUCGUUCCGCUCCGCCUCGCUCUCUUGCAGCCAGGAGAUCAGCUCGACAGCUGCACCGGCGACCGGACUCCAGUUUCCUGAUCCUGAGGUCUCUUCGUUAGUGGCACUGGCACCCGGAGUAGUGAUUCCAUACGACGACCAGUACGUUGCCAACCUCCAGGAGACACCUGCGGCAAUGGCGCCCGGUGGGAUGUCAACGAGCAUGAGCGCGUUCAGGAGCUACGAGCUGCACCUCGCCCCCCUGCGGAGGCUGACGAAGCCGGCAUGUGGGCAGAGGAUGUUCAAAACGGCUAUGUCAGUCCUUGCAAAGAUGCACACGGGGAUGAGGUACAACCACCAGCAGCAACAGCAGCAGCAUCAUAGCUACCAGCAGCAGCAGGCAUCGGCGGCCGAGCCGUCAGGAGACAAGCUGCUGCACAUGAUAUCCGAACGCAAGCGCCGGGAGAAGCUGAACGACAGCUUCCACGCCCUCAAGGCGGUCCUCCCUCCUGGCUCCAAGAAAUUAGACAAGACAUCGAUGCUGAUCAUUGCGAGGGAGUACGUGAACUCUCUCAAGUCCAAGGUCCGCGAGCUGGAGGACAAAAACCAGGCGCUCCAGUCACAGCUGGCCCGGCGUGCCACCGGUGCCGAGGAAGAAGAAGCCGGCGCCGGCGAAAAGGUCGAGAUCCAGAUAACAAGAUCCGCGGCGACAGAGCACGAUCAGACCGGGGAGGUGUGCACGGUGCAUAUAUCGACAACGCCGGCGCGCAGCACCACAACAGACGUGGUGCUCAGGACCCUGCAGUGCCUGAAAGAGCAGAUUGGGGAAGACGUCAGCCUAGUGUCCAUGAGCACCGACGACAUGCCUCAUCGAGCAAACCUGACAUUGCACCUCAAGUUGGCUUCGGGGGUCAGGUGGGAGGAGGAUGCAGUCAGGAAUUCCGUGGAGAAGGCCCUCAUGAUUGGCAGAGAGACGAUGAUUCGACGACGGCCACAUACCGGCCGGUCGGGGCCACAGUGA